AUGCCAAUUAUAGGGGUGCCGAGGUGCCUUAUAAAACCCUUUUCUGUGCCUGUGACAUUUCCUUUUUCGGUCAAAAAGAAUAUCCGAAUUUUAGAUUUGGACCCUCGUACAGAAGCUUAUUGUCUAAGCCUGAAUUCAGUCUGCUUUAAACGGCUUCCGCGGAGGAAAUAUUUCCAUCUCUUGAAUUCGUACAACAUUAAACGUGUGUUGGGAGUCGUAUACUGUUAG